ACUAAAGAUGAUGCUAGAUCCCAAUGCAGCCGUAUAGUAGUAGCACCGCUGCCGUCUUUUAUUUCUUCAUUCUAGCCUUCAACGUGAUUCAGGGUUGAUGACCUAUCUCCAUACAGCAAACCCUACAUGCUAUGACGAUGUGUGCAAGCAUUACCUAUGAUAGAGACAGAUAAUACAGUGUGACUACUAGAGAUCAUCAACAUUGAAGCUUGCAGAUAGAUGGAGCAUUUGAUGCCAUCCUACUACAGACACAUCUGCUAAUUCAUUGGGACUUGUGUGGCGAUGUGUUUUCACUGUUAAUAACGGAGGAGCUAUACAUCAUUAGUUGGCUCACAGACGAGGGUCGCCAUGGGUUACAUCACAGCUCCUCUCCAUGGUGUUUAAGAUAACUCAAGUUUAACAUCUGCCAAUUUCUCUCUCUCUCUCUAAACUAUGGCUGUAGAGUUGUUUUGAAAAAUGCUUCAUUGUUGACAGUAGGUUGCACUUCAAGUUGCUCUUUAAAAAGAAGAGAUGUUUUUGAAUCGAAACUGGUCGAUAUGGCAGAUGCUCUCACAACAGUAAACUGACAUUUUAACAACGGCGUAAAUUUUCUGUAGGCUCAGCGCAACUUCUCUGUUGAUUUGCUGCAUUGUACAAAGACGGAGACGUCGUCGAUGCCUGUCAUCAUCCAAGGAUACAAUGGCCGAGCACAAUGAUAAAUUUGAUCGGCAGACUUCGCCGUCGCCCCGGCCGCUCUUCCGACGGGUUCUUGCCCUGGUCACCCCACGCAGCUCACAUCUAGGUGUGUCCAUGGACGGGUUGGGCGAUCUGUCGCCCGAUAUGAGACCCCGGGCUGCGUCGUCACCCGCUUCGGCCUGGUCGGGACACGUCCCAAAGAUACGGGUGACUCGCUCGGGGGAGAAUUCACCGACGGAAGGGAGGAGUCCGAGAUCGUCUCCGCUCAGCUCGCCUGACUCGGAACGGGGCAAGGGUUUUGGUAAAGGGGCCAAGCCAAAAGCCUUCAAGUAUUUCCAAAGUCGUCUGAAAAGUUCCAGGGAAAAAGCUGGUAGGUAA